CUAGCUCUGGCUGGCGCUCCGGUAGCUGAAAGCUGUAUGGUUGGAGGAGGAGAGUAUUUGUGUGUGUAGAGACAGAGAGGGGGAGGGAGAAAGAGACUGAGGGAAGAAGAGGGGUGUGUGCGCUGCUGUUAAAAAGCAAAAAGGGGGAUCAUAAUAAUUAUCAAGGUUUGCAGACCCAGUCCUCGGAUGUGUAUAUUACCGUGCACCCGGUGUGUACAUCGCGGCAUCGCCGUGUAAAAAAGGGGGUGUAACCGGCUGCACGAGGCACGGGACUGGUGGUUGCCACCGCAGAAGACGGGUCGCGCGGAACGUGUGUCCCGCACGGAAGUGUCAAGCUUACACUUACGAGUGAGCCCCAAGGCAGAACAUGCUGUGAUCUAAGAUGCCAUCGCAGAAAAUGCAGCAUGUUUGCAGAGAGAAUGGAACACAUACAGGAACUGUUAACACUUUCGCUUUGCAUCGCUGCUCCACAUCAAGCUGUUCUCUUUAAACAGCGCUGUGCUCUGGCUGCACUAUGCACACAAUGAACAACAUACUGAGACUGUAGCUGAACUGUAAUAAGAUGCCCAAAACACUAACCUCAAAAGCCGUUCAGAGUGAGACUUUGAACAGUGAUUCCAACAUCAUGGUCGAAAAACCAACAGGACGAAAGAACAAGGAGAAAAUCACAUCUUAUAACAGAACUCCUAAAUUGGUUAGAAAUGAAGUUGGCAAAGAAAUGAAAGAAAAAUCUUCUAUGAAAAGAAAACUUCCUUUUACACUCAGUCCACCUAGAAAUGAAGAAAGGGACUCUGACACAGAUUCAGAGCCAGGACACACAAGUGAAAACUGGGGCGAACGGUUAAUUCCUUCUUACAGCACAUAUGCAGAGAAAGAAGGACCAGAAAAAAAGAAGAUGAAAAAGGAAUCCGGAAGCAAGAAGUCAACACCAGUGAAUAUCUUAUUUGGGUAUCCUUUAUCUGAGCGCAAGCAGAUGGCCCUUCUCAUGCAGAUGACUGCCAGAGACAACAGUCCAGAUUCCACCCCAAGCCAUCCUUCUCAAGCAACACCAACUCAGAAGAAAACGCCAACAUCCUCUAGUCGACAGAAAGAUAAAGUCAAUAAAAGAAAUGAACGUGGAGAAACUUCGUUACAUAUGGCAGCCAUCAGGGGAGAUAUUAGCCAAGUCAAAGAGCUCAUUCGUUUGGGGGCAAAUGUUAAUGUUAAAGAUUUUGCAGGCUGGACACCGCUACAUGAAGCUUGCAAUAUGGGCUAUUACGAUGUUGCAAAAGUUUUGAUAGCAGCAGGAGCUGAUGUAAAUACACAAGGACUUGAUGAUGAUACACCGCUCCACGAUGCUGCCAGUAGUGGCCAUAGAGAAAUUGUGAAAUUGCUUCUUCGAAACGGAGGCAAUGCAUUUCAAGCAAACAAGCAUGGAGCACGUCCUGUUGAUGUAGCUGAGACAGAAGAACUGGAACUGCUAUUAAAACGGAAAGUGCCAAUCUCAGAUGACGAAGAAAGUUAUGCAGAUUCAGAAGAACCACAGUUCAUUAAUCCAUCAAGUGUUGACGAAAACUUAGAUUCAGAAGGAGAAAAGGAAUCUCUGAACAGUGAAAGUAAACAUCUUGUGAUCAAAGGAACACCUUGCACUUCAGGCCUUGAUGAAUAUGAAUUCAAAGAUGAUGAGGAGGAUGAGGAUAGUCCUGAAAUACAUAAAAUGCUUGAGGAGAAACAUGCAUUUCGAAACAGCCUUAGAAAUGAUACUGUUGAAGAAAUUACAAAUACUGAUUUCUUUGUAAAACAGGAAAAAUUUGAUUUUUCCAAACUAUAUACAAAAAGGAAACCAAAAGCAUCUCGACUGAUCUUCACAAGCUCCGACAGUUCAGAUGAUGACUUGCUUCCAGAAAAAAUAAAUCUGAUCUCUGAUAGUUUAAAUGCAGACAUCAGAACAAAAAAAGACUACAGCAUUUUAAAUGAACAGAAAGAAAAGGGCAAAGUGAAAAGAAAAUUAAAAAAUCAAAGUAAAAACAAAGAGAACCAAGAAUUAAAGCAAGAAAGUGAUAAAAAGGAAAAUGGAGAGAAGCCCAGAGAAGAGGAGGUCUUUAGGAAAUCUUUAAGCACGAAAGAUGAAACUUCAUUACAAAUUUUUCAAAUCACUCCAGGCAAAUCUCCUAAGCACAGUUAUACAUUUAUAGACAAGCAGACAACACCUCUGAAGCAAGACAAUACUAAAAUGUGUGUAUCGCCAUCUGCAGGCGCUGAAACAUCAUUGCAGAAUGAGUUAUUCCUAUACGAUCAAAAUACUGAGACUGAAUAUGCACUGGAAAGUUCAAGCACCACAUUUUCAAAAUAUAAAGAAAAAAGUAAGCACCAGAAAGAGCUUUUCAUCGAUUAUGGGGAAAAAACUAUUUCUAAAUGCAAAGAAGAGGAGAAGAGUUCAACAUUUGAGAUCUCAGAGUGCGUGGUUAAAAAAACAGACAAAGAAGGCAAAGUUAUGAAAAAGCACAAGAUGAAGCACAAAGAAAAGGAGAAAGAUCAAACAAGAAAAGAGCCUGUUGUAGAAAAGGAGAAAAACAAGUAUAAAGAUACCAAUAAAAACAUGCAAAGAAAUAUAGAGUUUGACAGAGAAUUCUGGAAAGAAAACUUUUUUAAAAGUGAUGAAAAUGAUGAGGAUUUUUUAAUUCUUGAUUCAAAAAACACAUCUGUGGAGAAGAAAGCAAAGUCAGAAAAGAAUUAUGUUAAAGAGGAUAAGAAUAUGAAAGAAAAUCACGUCUCCUUAGAAAAUGUUAAGGAUGAAAAGGAUGACGCAUUAAAAGAACAUGACAGAAUCCAAAAAGACGAAAAAGACUGUAAUAAUUGUUCACACUAUCUUUUUUCAGAGAAAGAUAUUGAUGCUUUUGCUUCAAAUACAUUAAUAAAAGAAGAGCCUUUAAACACAGAAAAAGAAGCAGAAACAGAAAAAAGUCUGAAGGAUAGUAAAGAAAAAAAUGAUAAAAAGUCUGCAGUGAAAGAAAAAGAUCUAGACAAGCUAGAGAAAAAAAGCUCUGAAAAAGAGAAAAAAACUAAACCAGAACACAAAACAGAAUCUCCGGAAGCCACAGAAAAGAUCAAAUCACAUGUACAAUUGUCUGAGAAGGUUCAAAAGGAAAAUGAUAAAAUUAGGGCUUCAGUUAUUAGCAAAAAAAAUGAUGAGAAAGAAAAAUCAAAAGAUAAAAUUGAGAAAAAAAUUGAUAAAGGUGAUAAGGACAAAAAUUUGGGUGAACAUAAAGGUCACACAGAGAAAAAAAACAAACACGCAGACAAAGAUUUUGAGCUAAAUAAACCAGAUAAGAGUAAACAUAGAGAGAAAGAGUAUAGGAAAAAAGAGAAGCCCAGGGCAGGAGACUAUUUUUCAGGGAUAAAUUUAAAGCAUGGCCAAGAAGACCGAAAACAGAAUAACACUGAAAGCAAUAAAAUAUUGCAUGAAAGACUUGUAAUUAUUAAAGAGAAACCUAAAGAGGAACUGCUCAAAAUUACAGAUUUUAAAGAAAAAGAUAAAAAGGACAAAGAAAAAGACAUUAAUCGAUAUAAAGAGCGAGAUAAACAUAAAGAUAAAACGCAAACUAAUAUAUUGAAGUUAAAUUUCAAAGAGACUGAGCCUGAGAAAUGUAAGCCGAAAUUGCAGGUUUCUAAAGAUAUUCGGCCAAAAGAAAAAAGGUUAGUAAAUGACGAUCUCAUGCAAACCAGUUUUGAAAGAAUGCUAAGCUUAAAAGACCUAGAAAUUGAACAGUGGCAUAAGAAACAUAAAGAAAAAAUAAAACAAAAAGAGAAAGAGCGACUUAAACAUCGGAACAGCAUUGAGAUAUGCAAAACAAAGGAAAAAGAAAAGCAGAAACAUUCACUCACACCAUCUAAAAACAGAGAGUUAAUUAGAUCAAAAAGUUCUGAGCUGUCAGAAUCUUGCACAAAGGAGAAGCAGUUAAAAGAUGCUACAAGUUGUAGAUCACAGUCUGUGGAUGCGAAAAAUUUGUCACAUUCUGGAAAGACACUUUUGGUUUUAGAAAAUAAUAAUCUGCCUAGGUCUCCUAGGUCAGAAAGUGAAAAGACUGGUUUAAGCUCUAGAUCUGUUUCAAUGAUAUCUGUUGCCAGCUCAGAGGACUCUUGCCAUGCAACUGUGACUACUCCUAGGCCUACAAUAGAAUAUGAUUCUGAUUUUACUUUAGAAGGUUCUGACUCACAGAUGUCUUUCUCACAGUCGCCUUUUUUACCUUGUGCAAAGUCACCAGCUAUACAUGAUCGAGAGUUAGAUGCCCUUACAGAGUUAUCCGAUCGUGUUAAGCCACCUGUGACAAAUAGACUUCUGCCAAGCUAUCUCAGAUCAACAUCUGUAGAAGAUGUUAAACUGGCAAUCAAUGAAUGUAGACCAGUAGUAGAGGUAAGAAGGUGUAGUAUGUCAGCAUUCUCUGAUCAGGUGAAGCCUGCUCACACCAUAAUGGAAUGUACUUUAGAAGAAAACACAUCUGCUGCGCAUACCCCUCCGAAUAGGUGCACAUCACCAAAACCUGAAGGGUUUCCUGCUUUAGAGAAGGACUUUCAAAUCCGUUCCAGCAUUCAACCUAGCAGCAAGAAAUGUUUAUCCUUCAGCAAAAACACCUUAGACAUUGUGAAUCAGGAAGCACAACCAAUUUCUGAAACAAGUCCAACUCAUAACUGCACAGAUCCUCCUGUUACACAGUUAAUUAUGCCUUCUACUUUUGAGUCUGAGACUAUAAAAUCUGCAGUUUCUGAACCAAAUUCUCCCAUCAUCAUUAAUCCAGAAAGCAAGUCUGCUCAAGAACAGCUGUGUUCGAAACAAGAAAUUCUAAAGACAACAGCAGACGACUGCUCUGUUUUACUUGCUCAACAGCUAUGUUCCUCUGUAACAAAUGCUACAAUUUUGGAAACCCAGGGCGACUCAAAAACUGCAUUACCGAGUAAUAAUAAAGAAAUGCAGCCCAAUGUAAAAGAAGAACCAUCUGCUAGUAGCAGUCCUAUUAAAACAGAUGAAGUGAAAGAAGCUGAACUUAAACACACUCAAACUGAAAACCAUUCUGAAUCAAAUAUAGCACAUUCUGAUAAUGCUCAGACUGUUGAAAGGAUAAAGAUUUUGCUUACAGACUGUGCUAUGGAAAAGACACCUAGUAUAAGUGAUGCUUCUCUGCAGGAAAGUACAGACCUGUGUAGGAAAUAUGUAUCAAGCAGCCCUCAGUCUAAGGACAAUGAUGUCACAGAGAAAACCAAUGACAGCCAGUCAGCCCCAAAGGAAGAAAAUUCAGGUUCUGAAAUAGAACCUGUACCCCAACUUGAUAAUAGUAAAAGUGACUGUGAUGUAUCUAAAGUUUACCCAGCUACAGAAAUAAUUAAAGAAAAUGUACAGCAACAAGUAAGCCAGCAGGAAAAUCCCAAACAAACAAAGGAAAUUGUUUUACAAAAAGCUGAGCAACCACACCAUACAUUAUCUGUUUUGGAAAGUAAUCUGCCUCCAUCAGUUCAAGAAGAGAUACAAAAAUUUAGCCAAUCUAUUAAGCUAGAAGUAGAAGAAAACACAGAGUACAAAGCAGAGCAGCAAGAAAUUCCCCAAAGAAUUACAAGAAACCGAGCCAAUAUGCUGGCCAAUCAGAAUAAGCAGGUACAGACUACUUAUUUGAAUGCUUCAGAUAAAGACUCUGUAGAAACGUCCAUAUCACUAAGAGGAAGGAUACGUUUGACUGAAGAUGAUGAUGUUCAAGUGCAUCAUCCCCGCAAGAGAAAGAUGUCACGUGUGCCGCAACCUGGGCAUGUUAAUUCCUCAAUACAGCAAGCAAAGGAAAAGACCCAGCAGUCUCUAGCCGCGGUUGUUGAUUCUUUGAAACUGGAUGAUAUUCAACCGUACCAGUCAGAAAGAGCAAAUCCUUACUUUGAAUAUCUGCAUAUAAGAAGGAAAGUAGAGGAAAGACGUAAAAUGCUUUGUAGCGUAAUUCCUCAGGCACCACAGUAUUAUGAUGAAUAUGUAACAUUUAAUGGAUCGUAUCUUCUGGAUGGAAACCCAUUCAGCAAGCUUUGCAUUCCAACAAUUACACCUCCUCCUUCCCUUUCAGAACCCCUCAAGGAGCUUUUUAGACAGCAAGAAGUUGUACGAAUGAAACUCCGUUUACAGCACAGCAUUGAAAGGGAGAAGCUGAUUGUGUCAAAUGAACAAGAAGUGUUACGUGUUCACUACCGGGCAGCGAGAACCUUAGCUAAUCAGUCCCUUCCGUUCAGUGCCUGCACUGUAUUACUGGAUGCAGAAGUAUAUAAUGUUCCGCAAGAAUCUCAGACGGAAGAUGGAAAAGCAUCCGUUAGAGAUCGAUUUAAUGCAAGGCAGUUUAUGUCUUGGUUGCAGGAUGUUGACGAUAAAUUUGAUAAACUGAAAACGUGCCUUCUCAUGAGGCAGCAACAUGAAGCAGCGGCACUGAAUGCAGUUCAGCGAUUAGAAUGGCAACUCAAGCUCCAAGAACUUGAUCCUGCCACGUACAAAUCAGUCAGCAUCUAUGAAAUCCAGGAAUUUUAUGUACCUCUAGUAGAGGUCAAUGAUGACUUUGAAUUGACCCCUAUAUGACACAGUCAUGCUCUGCAGCUGAUACAAAGACUAUCUAAAUAGGCAAAGCUGCAGAAGAUGUGCUAUCUAAUUAACCUGCAAGCGGGCGCUGCCUCUUGAUGAAAAUAUGCACUAUUAGGGUAAGGAUGAGGUCAAGGAAAUCGUAAGACGCACAUCACCCAGGCCUUUUAGGAACGUAGGCCUUGUAGGAAGAUGAGUGUGCGAACGCAGGAGUUGCUUUGUAUUUAGGACCAUUUAAACACUUUGAAUUAUUGUAGAAGCAAAAAUCUACAUAUAUUUAUGUAGUUUGAUCCCAGGGGAUCGCCAAUGUAUUGCACUUAAUUAUAUAUAUCAAAAGGGUUUACAUUAGAUGCAAAUCAACAAUUGCCUGCACAGGAAGUUGCUCGAAAACAACUCAUUAACAAAUAUUACAGCUGUCUAGAAACCUUGCUCAUUCUCCUGUUUGCUACUAAUAAUUACUGCAAUGAUUUGCACACCGUAGAAUUGCAGUUCCAUUUGAGAGCUGAGUGGCUUAAUGCCCUCUGUGCCAUAGUUAUCUAACUUAAAAAGUGCAAUGCAAAUGUAAUCCCUAUUAUUGGGUUUACAUUUCACUAUGAGAACAAGAUAAUAAAAAAAAAAAGACAAUUUAUUGCAAUUAAAAUAAAAUGUUCUGAUUGAGUUGCAUCAUUGGACAAUUUAAAAAAAAAUGUAAUUUGAACAGAUAUAAUAAUGUCUUAUUUUAAAUAACUUAUUUUAUAUAUAAUGUGCAUUUUGUAUAUAGUAUUGUAAUUAUAAAACUGUAAAGAAGCUAGAUGUUUUGUGUAAACUGUUUUUCCGGCUGUUUUACUGGACCAAAGUUGUCUGUCUUUGUUUUUAAUUGUAAUGUAUUGUAAUUGUUAAUGUUUCAGUAAGGCAUGUUCAUGUUUUGUAGAUGUUUAUUAAGGUAUUGCAUGCUUCACCUAACUCAAAAUUUCAGCUGCAUUGACUUCAUUUUUAUUUAACACUUCCAGAAAAAAAGAGAAAUUUCAUCCUAGCCUGCUGCUGAUAACUUUUAUGAAGAUAUUUUUUUUUAUUUAAAUCAUAAAACAAACAAAAAAUACUUGUAAGACAAUGGACUCAAACGAGCCUAUUUUUUAAAAAAGACACCUUUGAAUGAAUAUUCUAAAAUUGUAAAUGGUCUAUUUUAAUUAUUGCCUAAAAUUUGUAUAUACCUUGUACAUAUUGUUUAAUAAAUUUUAUUGGUCAUGUUCUGAAAA